AUGACGUGGAGAAGCGAUAUUCGUGUUGUGGUUGGUUUAGAUUUCGGAACUACCUAUUCGGGAUUUUCUUAUUAUCAUUGCGAGGAUAAAGAUGUCGGAUGCAUCAAAGUAAAUCAUGAAUGGCCUGAAAAUACUGGACUGGGGAUAUUGAAGACAAAUACUGUACUUCAAUACAAAGAUGGCUUUGAGGAAGUUGAAUUAUGGGGUCAUCCAGCCUUAUGUAAAAAACCAAAUACGAAAGGCAAAGAUAAUGAAACAAGACCAAUAGAAUUAUUUAAAUUAUAUUUAGGUAAUUGUUUAGAUAAGCAUAAGCCAGUUUUGCCCGAACCAUUAAAUUAUAAAAAAGUGAUUACUGAUUAUCUUCAUGAAAUUGGAAAGCUAAUCAAAGAAACAGUUAAAUCGUACUGGAUACAUAUUAAGUUUAUGGAAAAUGUCCUUUUAAUUGCUACUGUACCAGCUGAAUAUUCAGAAAGUGAUAAGGCUAUAAUGAGAGAAUGUAUAUUCAAUGCUGGUUUGAUAGGUGACAUACAUUCGGAAAAAUUACAAUUUACAACUGAACCUGAAGCUGCAGCAAUUUAUUGUAUGCAUAGCAGCCUAAAGGAACAUGAACUUGCAAAACCCGGAACAAACUUCAUGGUCGUUGACUGUGGCGGUGGUACGGUAGAUUUAACAACACGUAAAUUAUUGGAAGAAAACCAAUUAGGUGAAAUCACUGAACGGGCAGGUGACUUUUGUGGGAGUACUUUUAUUGAUAAAGAAUUUAUAGAAUUACUAAAGCGUGAAGUUGGAAAUUCAGCCGUAAAUUCAUUUAUCAAUGAGCAUUAUGGUCAAUUGCAAUAUUUGGUUCAAAAUUUUUGUCAAGAUGUCAAGUUAAAGUUCACAGGAGAUGAUCUAAAUUGUAAAUAUGAGUUAGAUCUUGAAGCAUUAGCUCCUAAAUUAUUACCAUAUAUUACUGGUUCGGAGAGAGAUUCAAUGCUUAUAGAAGAAUGGAUGAUUGUUCUUGAUUAUAAAAUCGUUAAAUCUAUGUUUGAUCCUAUUAUUGAUAGAAUUAUUAAAAUGAUUCGUGUUCAAUUAAAUAAUUCUGAAAAAUGUUCAGCAAUAUUUUUAGUUGGAGGUUUCGGUCAAUCAAAAUAUUUACAAAAAAGAGUUGAGGAAGAAUUUAGUGACUUGGUAGAAAAUAUCUCAAUUCCGAAUCAACCUAUUGCGGCAGUUUUACGUGGUGCAGCAAUAUAUGGAAAAAGUUUACAAGAAUCAAAAAAUAUGAAAAAUAUGAAUAAUUUAAAAUGUGUUAUUGCAACUCGUGUAUUAACUUAUACAUUUGGAAUUAGAAUAUCUCCUUUAUGGGAAUAUGGAGAUCCAAUAGAUAGACGUAAAAGUGAUGGAAGAAUUCAUAAAUUUUAUUGUAUUGCAGAACGUAAAACUAUAGUUACAAUUGAUCAAGAAUUUAAAGUUGAAGACUUAAUUCCUAUUUAUUCAGAUCAAACAAGAAUGAGUUUUGAUAUCUAUUAUACAAAAGAAGAUACUAUUUAUUGUGAUGAUGAUGAACCUGGUAUGAAAUUACUUGGGAAAUUACUUAUUGAUCUUCCCGAUGUAGAAUUAGAAAAUAAAAGACCAUGCUCAUUUUCUUUAUCAUUUGGUGAUAUGGAAAUUAAAGCUAGAGCAUUUAAUCAAGUAAAUGGGCAAAAUUAUCAUACCAAAUUCGAAUUAAAUGUAUUAAACGAAUUAGAUGGUUCUUAG